AACUAUUGGGAAGUACGAGGUGGUCCCGCCCCGCAGCCCGAGAGCCAUUUUGUGCAAGACCAAGAGCCGGAGAGAAGCUUCUGCGGGACACCAAUAUUCUCCAAACUGUAUCAAGUCUCCGUCCCCUCCACUAUUGGUAAGGCACAGCGGACAAGUGUGGGGGGGUGCUCCGUUUAUAGAACAAGAAUUUCGGGUUAAUUGUGGGCAGGAUUGGCGGUGUAAGGAAAUUGUGUGCGAGUGAGGCUAUUGUGGGAAACAAAGGAAGCGCCGCCAUUUUGUUUCCCUUAUUGUGAGCGGGAAAUGGUGCUCUGUAAUGGUUACUGAUUGCGCAUCGCAGACCUACAGGGAGAUGAACAGCGAUUCCAGCGCCAUGCAUCGUGACUCCUGUCCCUUAGACUGUAAAGUCUAUGUUGGUAAUCUUGGAAACAAUGGCAACAAGACAGAAUUAGAAAGAGCUUUUGGCUAUUACGGACCUCUGCGCAGUGUGUGGGUUGCAAGGAAUCCUCCAGGGUUUGCUUUUGUAGAAUUUGAAGAUCCCCGUGAUGCUGCAGAUGCUGUUAGAGAGCUGGAUGGAAGGACGCUAUGUGGGUGCCGAGUUAGGGUCGAAUUAUCCAAUGGUGAGAAAAGAAGCAGAAACAGAGGACCUCCCCCUUCAUGGAACAGACGGCCCCGGGAUGACUAUCGUAGAAGAAGUCCACCACCAAGACGCAGAUCACCAAGGAGGAGAAGCUUUUCUCGUAGCCGUAGCAGGUCUCUUUCUAGAGAUCGGAGGAGAGAAAGAUCAUUGUCCAGGGAAAGAAAUCAUAAGCCAUCUCGCUCUUUUUCUCGAUCAAGAAGCCGUUCUAGGUCCAAUGAGCGAAAGUGAAGCAGCUACCUUCAGCAGUGUACAGAAAAAUACAAUUGAAAAGGGUUUUCUGUUUUUGAAAUGUCCUACACUUUUUAAGAUUUUUUUUUUAUUUGCUUUGUACUGUAACUUGUAACAAGUGAUGAAAAAAUGUGAUUCUGUAUAUGGUUCUAAGCAGAUAAAGUCAAAUAAUAAACCUGUUUACUUUAUACUGUUAAAAAGGAAAAUAUUUUUUUCAAUAACCCCCCUCUACAAUUUUACCUGGGAAGUAUAAUAUGGCAGUUGCAUAGAACUAAAAGAAAAUGAACUUUGCAUGUGACCAAACCAUUAAUUUGUUUGGAAACUUAAUACGAGUCUUCACAAAGGGUGAAAAUUGUCCACUUUAUUGUAAUAUCAGAACAAAAUUGAAUGAAACACUAAAAUGUUGCACUCUGUUCCCGUAUUACUUUAAAUUAGACAAAUUGACUAAUGCAUUUUUACGAAGUACUGUUCCAGAUGUGUGGGCCUAACAGGGGAAUCUCAGAGGGUCUGUCACACUGUUUUUAUUGUAACCGUAUUUGUAAGCCAGCUUCUAUUCAGUUUUUCAAAGCUUUCUAUGCAAGUUGCCAGGGUAAUGUUAUUUAAUUGUGCAGAUUUCACUGUUCCACUACAUUUUCCCCUCAUGCUGUAAACGGCACUGCUUUACCAUUUGUAGAAAUCCUUUUUUUUAGAAAAACGUUUUAGUGCACCUUACAUGUGUCUUGAUGUUCUUGUGUAGAGUCUUGCAGUAUACAGCAAUGAUGUAAAGUUGUAAAUGUGUGGUUGUUGCGAUUUUUCUCAGAUCUUUUAAACCAUGUGACUUCUGGAUUUUUUUUUUUUUCUUGGGGAUUAAAGUUUUUGGUUAAAACAUUAUGGUCUACUUUUUUUGACAACUUUUAUGCAUGAUCUUGUAUUUUAAUACACAUUUGGUGUACGGAAUUCAUUUUUACAAAUAUUAAAGAUCCAACCAAAGUCUGGUUAA